AGUCAAAAAUGUCAAUUUUUAUGCAUUAUCCCCACCCUCAAGCUCUAUAUUUUCUUUUUGAUUGCAUUACUUCUCAACAUGUUCCCAAGAAUCAAAUUUUGAAUACCAGGUUCAAUCUAAUGUGAUGCUGGGAAUUUCAAAGCAUGAAGAAGCACCAUCAACUCCACAACACCCUCUCUCUCCCAUGGGCGAUGCUUGUUCACGCAUGGAUCUCACUGCCAUCCAUCAAUACUUGGUGAUGCAACAUUAUAAAGAUGACGAAGGAUCCAAUGAGUUAUCUUUCCAAGAGUGGACCCAACAAAUGAGAGAUAUGUUAGAUGCAAGGAAACGUGGUGACUUGGCAUUCCGCGACAAAGAUUUCAAAACUGCUAUAGAUUGUUAUUCUCAGUUCGUAGAUGUGGGUGCCAUGAUUUCACCAACUGUUCAUGCACGGCGAAGCCUUUGUUAUCUUAUGUGCGAUCAGGCAGAUGCAGCUCUCCGAGAUGCAAUGCAAGCACAAUGUAUAUACCCAGAUUGGUCGACAGCAUUCUACAUGCAGGCAGUAGCCCUUGCAAAGCUCGACAUGCACAAGGACGCUGCUGAUAUGUUGAGUGAGGCAGUCACGCUAGAAGAAAAGAAGCAAAAAGUUGUUAAAGUAUCAUGAGUCUCCCUCCCAUCAAUUGUGUUAAAUUCUUUUGUAACUGGAAAAUGCUGCAUCUAUAUUGUUUGCUUUGUGAAUUAUGAUGGUUAUUUACAGAUGUACAAUGAACAUUGUAAUUUUUGCACACAAAUUUGUUGAAUAAUCAAUAACUUUUAUGUUUGGCUCA